CAGUGACAUUACCUUAAAAUAUUGUCUAUCCACUCGCUGCGCCUUGGAGUCGUAGAACUGAGUUGUGAAUUUUAGAGAAAUGGCGAAAAGAAUCGCAACAAGUUCCGUAAACUGGUCUGCCUUGGCUGAAAGGGUCCCAGCCGAGCAGAGGGGCAGUCUAACAGCCUUCAAAACCAAGUCCGAUGCAUACCUGCGAAGGGUCAUGGCGAACCCCCCCGAACCGCCUAAGAUUAACUGGGCUCAGUAUAAACAGGUGGUACCUAUCCCUGGCAUGGUAGACACCUUCCAGAAACAAUACGAAGCAUUGAAAAUUCCCUACCCGGCAGACACCCAGACUUCUCAAGUGGAAGCGCAAUGGAAUGAAAUCAAGAAGCAGAUUGAGAGCUUCAUCCAAGCAUCAAAUGCUAAUAUCGCAAAGUACCAAAAGGAAAUCAAUGACACCAAGGCUCUCCUACCGUACGACCAGAUGACCAUGGAGGAUUACCGCGACGCUUACCCCAACGAAGCAUUGGACCCGAUCAACAGGCCUACCUUCUGGCCCCACACUCCGGAGGAUCAGCCAGAGAAUUGGAAAGAAGACCCCAAUGCGCCUGCAGCCCACUAAGCUAAAUCUAAAUCGAGCAUUUCCUUGAUACAAUGUUACUCGUAAUAUUUAUUCACCAGUUACAUCAAGGAAGGAUAGAUGAAUUCUGUUAAUAAUUAGGAGUAAAGUGAAAUAAAUAUUUAA